AUGACGGAGACAGGAGCGAACAUGGCAGCGGUGAUUCAUGAAGACGAUCAUGACGAUGGCUUCACUGGCAACCGAGAAGUUCUCUCAGACUCCAGCGCUGAUAUGCUGGACCAUAUCGCAGAAGAGCAGGAGAAAAACAACCGCGAUCGCUGCUCCGUGCCUCAUGCCGACGGUGGGGCAGAGGAGACUCGUCAUGAAGAUCCUCCCAGGAGAGCAGAUCAUGGCAAAGGCGCUGUGCAGGAGCAGCCGCAGGAGGCGAGCAGAGACCAUGCAGGCUCAAGGCUGCGGCAAGCUGACCAUCGCUCGGACCUGAGGGCGGGUAAGUCGAUGAGGAACACAACCAUGUCACCGCCGGAAGCGAAGAGGAGCUGGCAGAUCCUGCAGCUUUGCCGCACGUACGACAUCCCAGCAAACCUUCCCAAGGACUAUCCGCUGGGGCCAUGGCGAGUGACCGAGACGAGGAUGAAGGCAACAGGGUUCAAGGGGACGCAGAAGAAGUAUAUCUGCACGCACGGGAUGGGGCAUGCGUACGACAAGCCUUGUUGCAAGUGGGAGAUGGUGUGCGAGUACGUGAGCGAGGUGGAGGGAGAGGUCGCCGGUUGGGUCGUUCUGCGCGUCAUGCCUGAGCACAACCAUGACCUUGACGAGAGUUGCAACCUGGAAGAGAAGAGGAUGAGGAAGCAGCGGAAGAUCGCUAACAACUUCCUCUUCUCGAUGAUGCAUAACGAGCCAUACCAGCCCGUGGGUGGAUCGCGCGCACGGGAGGAGGAGGCGUCGAGGAAGAAGAUCCAGUCCUGGCUGAAGGAGCUCGGGCUGGAGGCUGCUGCCCAAGUUUGA